AAGAAUUUAUACGUGUAUUGUAUAUCGUAUAAUUUUAUAUGUACACUAUGCAGUCACUGCACACUAAUGGUAAGUAACGGAAAAAGCGGUAUCAUCGGCUUGGCGUGCAGCCAUACAGGUAGUUUAUCUUACAACAUUGUUUUCAGCCUGUAGGAUCACUUUUUCAGCUUCUUCGGCGAAUAAAUCGGUGCUGUACAUCCCGGUGAUAUUUAAUACUGGCUCUGUGUUGCGGACCAUGUCGCGUCCCAUUUCUCCAUUGAAAAGACCGGGCUGGAUGAAUUAAAAAAUUGGUUUAAAACGUACUAUAUGGUACAAUAAUUUAUGAUUAUGUACUGAAAUUAUUGUUAAAAUAAAAGUGGGAUAUUGUUAAAAUUACUAGUAAUAUAAUAUGUAGACAGAAACAGCAGAACAUUGUGUAAAAGGCCUCCAGAGUAGUGAAGUUUUCGUUAUGCACUAAGCAGAUCUUUUUUUACAGGAGCAUACAUAUCCGGUUGUGUAGUUAAAAUAAUCGAUAUCUGCUCCCAUGAAUCCAAACCAUGAGUCGAAUCCUCUUCGUACUACACCAGCAAAAAACAAGUUGGGGUCAAGAUUGGUACGUAGAAAGCGCUGUUAAAUCUAUCUUCGAAAUACUGAAAUCAAUUUACCUGGAUAAUAAUCAAGUUUAUGAUGUCCCAGGUGCCACUAAAAUGAAACAGCUUUACAUUUUAUUAAUUAAAACCUUACACUGCAGGUCUCCACAUGCGAACCACUUGAUAGUGUGAGUGUGGUCAUCUUAACCUUUCCGAUACCGUAUGUUGAGUAGCCUAGUUUUUUCAAUAACUGCGGAAGUGUGCGCUCAUUUAAAUCUAAUCCCCAAGGCUCGCCUUCUUUGAUAACGCCGUUCUGCAUUCCUAAAAACACAAACCAAAACACUUGUAUAAUUACAAAUUAACUUUGCUCAUCCAGAUUUAAGAAAACGUUCUACCUAGAUGCAUGGGAUAUUUGCCGGUUAGUAGAGAUGCUCGGCUAGGGGAGCACAAGCUCUGCGAAUAAUGCCGCGCAAAAAUCACUCCUUCGCGGGCUAAGCGGUCAAUAUUGGGGGUGAGGAUCUGGGUUGAUCCUAGGUAGCUCAGGUCAUUGAAACCCUAAAAGGCAAAAUUAAUAUAUUUCUGCUGACUAUCCCAAACCAAACAGCUCAAGAUUUGUUGCGGCGCGUUCCUAAGGCCACUCUCAUAGUUGUUUUACCAAAUCAUCAGCGAGAAUAUAAACAAUGUUCAGUCCGGUUGAAGAUGCAACCGUAAGCAAGCUUUUAGAAUAUAACACGAACAAACAUAAACGCCAAAGAAAAUAUGUCAGACUGUGAUCCAUAGUGUUUGUUUGAAUUGUAUGCCAAUUACGCAGAAGGGAACACGCAAAAAAAAAUUAUGCAGUAGCACUUUUAUAUAAGAUAUGGUACGUGUGAUGUAUCCAUACCCCUCUCGUUACUUUUUUAUGAUAAAAUAACCUUAUAAUCUCAGUUAGUGAGCCGUCAAAAACGUUUUAUAACUUUGUGUAUCGACGAGCACUCAACAGCGGUGAACGUCUAAUUCUGCUGGCGCUCGUAGGGAUGACACGCUAAAAUUCAGUAUCGAAGCGCUCGUGCAAAAGUUUCGGAACAGUUAUUGCUUUUGUAUGGUUUUACGCCAUAGUUCAUAAACAAUACCACUAACGUUGCUACUGUGACCCUCGAGUCCAUUAUCUGCAAAAAAGUCUCAUGUUGCUCUCAGUGUUAGCUGUUAUUUGAACGUAUAUACGUAUGUAUUCAGCGCGUAAUUUAUUUUCCAAACGAACUCACUAAUAAAGUAACAAACUAUUUUAAUGUCGAAAUCUUAAAUCGGGCGUUACGUUACGAAUUAGUAAGAGUGAGUGAGACAUGUUAUGUACAAAUACAUACUCGCAAAAGCUGCAUAUCCUAGGCUUAUAACCUUUCUCAUAUGCAUAGGUUCGACCUUAGGAAAUUUUAAUAUGUAGUCGUUAAUGAUUAUUUCGUGCCAUAUGCAACGUGUGCGACAGCUUGUAGCAAAUUUUAUGUUCCACAGACUGGAAAUACAAAUUCCGCAGCUGAUCUUUAUUUGUCUAUUGCUGUCUGGUCAUGUAAGGUUCUUGACAAUGAACUUCCACUGACCAGCCAUCCGCAACAAAACUGUAGCAGCUUCUGAAGACGCGCUUGUGUCAGUGUGCGCUUCAAAGAAUGUAACUUCCGUUCUUUGUAAUUAGUAACUGCUUGCGUUUCAGUCAGAUGUCACUAUCUCAGGCUAUCGAACAAUGAUUAAAUUUUUAAAUAAAUUUAUUAUGGGUAAUUGGUUUGCCCAGUAAAUCCCAGUAAAAAAUAAACAGAUAAUUCUCUUUGCUGGGUAAUGUGGCAACGAUAAACAUAUUAAAUAUGGAAAGUUUUUGACAAUCCUGCGGCAAAAAUUGCGGCACAGAUAUGAGGAUAUUACGAAGGAAAAAGCAUGAUUUUACUAUUUCACGUGCUGGAAUAAAACAUCGCAGUCUAUUGGAACAACCGGAUGUCCACUUCUACGGAGCGUUGAAGUUCAAGUUGAAUGGAAAGUAUAAAGACUGUCUUGCUUUGUUACGAUCGACCCAUAUCUCCAUUAGGGACCGGAAACACUUGGAAAAUAUCAUAGCCACAGUCCGGUUAGACAAAGGAGUCCGAUUUCACAUCCAGCAGGACGACAGCAAUGGAGAUGUCAGCAACGGCAACAACAGUCCCUCCGACAUGCCGAGUACCAGUCAAAUGGUGAAAUUCGAGCUACAUGUUGGCAGCUCAGGUCACGGUCGGGCAGUGGAAUUCGAUGAGUCUUUCUACACUAAACAUGAAUUCAAAUGUAAAUCCGUGGAUGUGCGUAACCUGUGGAAGACGUACAUUUUGGCCCUGGUUGACGGAAUUCAUCCAAAAGAUUCGGAUGUGAUCUUGUUGCCUGGCCAGAUUGUGCAGAUCGAGAAAAUGAUUGAAACAGAAAAAAAGCGCCGGUCGGAAAGGUCUCUAACGUCAACACCCAGAGUGUCGUCUUCCAGCUCCGAUGACCCGUCUUCCCAUAGUCGCCGGCAUGGCGGAAAAGUGUCCGCGCACAAAUCCAAAAGUCUGCAUCCCCAUCCCGCAGCCAAUGCUACAAAGGAAGCUGGCCACAAAUUUUAUAAAGAUGGUAGCAAAGGUAUUCCGAGUUAUUUCUUCGAAAACGUUUCGCGAGAAAUGGCGGAAGCAGUGCUGACUAUGGGCGACAUGUACGGGAAUGUUUUGAUGCGAAGGAGCACAUCGUAUCCAAACAGCUAUGCACUGUCUUUCCGGAGCACAAUAAAUCGAAGCAUUGAAAUAUUUCAUUAUGAAAUCAGCCCUAUCAGAAAACACAGCACAUUGGAGCUUUAUUACGAAAUUAAAAUGGAAGGAAGGCAUCCUAAGUUCCGGUGCCUCAAUGACGUUGUAAAAUAUUUUGUUAAAUUAACGGAUGGAUUGGCUCAUUGCUUCACAACAAAUGAUCUGGACAAGUUGGGCGUUAAACAGCCACCUUACGCUACACACUAUGAGCCCCCGACGGAGUAUUUUGAGGACGAUGAGAAAAAUUUACCGGCAUCACCCAGAUCGCCGGUCACAGCACAUCCACCGCUGCCACCUAUUCCUAGACAGCAUGUUCAGCACCAGGAUGAUCCGAAUUCGGAAGAAAUUACACCGCUCCCUGCAUCUGACACUGACGAGGAUAUCCUUCAGUUUGUCGAGCCAAUCAAUCGUGUUCUACGAGGCGUUAGUCCCGAAUGCGAAUCGCCACGAAUGAAGCCAGCAUUGAAAGAACCAUACAAAUCGUCGAUGAGAGAAACUGAUUCUCCUCGCAAACCAUCCUUAAAGCAGCCUGAAAUGCACGGUAAAAGCUCAGCCGGCCUAAAGAAAGAACAAACCCCACAGGAUGGAGACCUUGACAAAGCAGCAGUCAAGCCAUUUCCCGACCGAUCAGCACUCAAUCCGAAACCGAGUAGCGGUCACUCAGUGACCUUUGUUCCACCUCCGCCACCUCCGCCGGCUCCGCAUAUGGCGCAUCGACCGCGUUCACCAGAUGCCAGCCAGCGUCAUGCCGUCAUGCCCAAGUCGGGCUUGAAAGUGCAGCCUGAUCGUAAACAGUUUGCACCGGAGAAGAAUCUGUUCAGGAUAGCCUUGGAAUGCGAAGAAAAGGCCGGUAGCAAGGAUGCCGCUGUCAUCGAUGGCGGCGUUGAUGGGGAUGUCAUCACGGAAGCUAAGGAUUUGGCAUGUCAGCUCAAGGGAAAUGUCAAAUCGAGGGUAGCUAAUUUGGAAACCGAGCCGGAUAAGAAAGCGGAUAAUCAAUUUAUAGCGGUCCCAAAUUUUUCUCGUCCUCCUAAGAAAGAUUUCAUGGGAGAAUUAGCGGAAAAACUAAAGAUCCGUCGUCAAGUAGUGGAGCAAACCUGCUGGUGAACCCGACCUUCCGUACUGGCGGAAAAGCGCGGCGCGCGCUAAAUGGCACAAACAUUUUCUUCUUUGCAUAUACAUUUCGUAAAAAGCCAAAAUAAAAUAGCCUUUGGACAUUUCACUCACACAUAAUAUGUGCUUCAAUUGGUCUAAAAUUUUCAUCUGUACGGUAUAACAGCUGUCUCUGAUGUUAUAUGAUUUCCUUUUUGAUUACACACUGGUGAGGCGGCUACACUGUACACUUCCCACCGUAGAAUAUAUUCUGAAAAGGAAAGACUUUUCUUGCAUGCAGCCAUGCACUGCCAUAUAUGUUACGGAUAUUUUGGGUUUCGAAAUUUUCGUAUAAGUCUGUUUGUGUUAAUAUUGUUGAUGUCUUGCUCUUUUUUAUUGUUGAUAUUGUAUAUACAAAUUGCUGUGAA